AUGGAUUUUACAUCGAGACUUAGUUAUGAUACUAAACCUGGUAAGGAAUUAGAUUAUCUGCUCGUUCGAGCAAACUCUUGGAGUGGUAAACCAGUUUAUAUAGAAUUAUGGCAACCAAAAGAAUUGUUUACGAUCAGACAACGACAGACACCAUCGCAAACUCGAGGAGUUAUAACGUUGAUCGGUGAACUGGAUUUCGAGACUCAAUCCAUGUACACUCUCACAAUGUACGCGACGGAUCCUUAUACAGAACCUGGGAAAGAUACAAGAAAUAUAGCUGGAUUGAACGUCGUUGUUGUAGUCCAAGAUGUACAAGAUGUUCCACCUAUUUUUACUUUGGCACCACCUUUGACGAGACUCAACAAUUCUAUACAACCUGGGGAUGUAAUAUUACGAGUUCAUGCAGAAGAUGGAGAUAAGGGCGUUCCUCGAGAAAUCGUAUACGGUCUCGUGUCAGAGGGCAAUCCUUUCACGCCAUUUUUUAAUAUAUCAGAAACGACAGGUGAGUAAACAUAAAGACGAGUUUCUUAUUUUACAAAAAUCGUUUCAAAUGUAUGAAGGAAGAACAUACAAGUAUUUUCAUAUAUUUUCCAAUAACCUAAUCGAUCCAUUUC